UCUGCUUCGAGUGCAUUCCGUCGCCUAACGUCAAUUUUUUUUCUGAUACGAAGACAAGAUAAAAUUUGCCUGGCGGCAAUUUGCUUAAAACGCGCCAAGUUUAUCUGACUCGCCAAUGUUUAUUCCCUCUCCAAAAUUGGCACAUGUUUUUUCAUUAUCGAUUUUUUCAAAUCAAUUUGGACAAUUUUAUGAAUUUUAAAAUUUCAAUUUGUCGCCGCAAACACUCAUUAUAGAGCAUUUCUUUUGUUGGCGCAAACACUGUUGACGCAAAAUUCCCGGUAGGUAUUGCUUAACAAUGUGUUUUUUUAAAUUCUUUUUACAUAGAGGUCAAUAAGCUGGGGGAAAGUAUGAUGAAACACUUCAUAAAACCUUCCUUUUUUUCUAAUCGGCACUCAGAACUGUUUAGUUUCCUAAUAGAUCUCUUUAUUUGCCUCUUACGGAAAUUGAGUGGAAUUGAAGUGAAUGGAACUCCCAAAAUUGAAUCUUAAGUGUUUGUUACUAUACAAAGCAAUCCUUACCACCUUAUUUUUAUCUUCAUAUUGUAUUUUUUUUAUUCUUUAGAGAUGCAUUAAAUUUAUCUUCAUUAGAGUUUUGUGAACUUCUGCAAAAAUCACAGACAAUAGACUCGAAUUCUGCUAGUUGGUUUUCGAUAAUCAGCCCCAAGAUUUACCCCUGAUUAAUUUCACGUUAAAAAAUUAGUUUGAAAGUUCGAAAUAAAUUUAAUCAAAGCUUCGUUGCUGGUUUCAAAAAAAAAUUGGUAUCAAAAAUUUGUCGGCUUACUUGUCGUUGUUGCUCACAGAUACUCAAAAAGAGGCAGUGGCAGAAUACCAUUUGCUGAAAAUAAUCAAAUUUUCAAGUUCAAUUCUUUAUUUCAACCUCGCGUUGUCAUUUCCCACGGAAACAGUUUGGGUUGUUCUUCCAAAUUAUUAUUUGCUUUUAGUUUUAUUCUUACCUUAUUAUAUUACCGCUGUUUACCAAGGUCAAGUCAGGUAGCUCUUUCUGAUCUUCAUAUUUUCAUAUCCACAAUACUUUGCCCAUGUCAAACCCGGGAAUUUUAAUUGACAAGAAUGUCAUGUAGCUGAAAUAUCUAAAUAUCUAUUUCAUGUAGCUAAAUUUUGCGGUCGAAUUGGGGAAAAAAGACACUCAGAAAUGGGUUAUAUGUAGUUACUCGAUUUAUAACGAGACCCAGGAGUAGUUGAAUUAUUAACAUAACUAACCGGGGGUUUUAUGAAAACGGAGAAAAAUCAUUCCUGUCAAUCUUAAUCAGUGUCUGUCAUCUUGUAUGGAACAGUGGAUAAUGGUGAAUUGUUAUGAUUGCUACACCUAUAGUAUAGGAAUUGGUAAUAAACUUUGUCAAGGCAUUUAUUCAAUUUCCAUCAAUCAUUUACUUUCCUUCAAUUGUCCCGAAUAACGGCAAGUAAAUGAUAUACAAUUAGUUCAAAACUGCUUUUUUGCUUUUCCUUAAAACAAAAGGUUACCAUCUUUUAUGCCAGUGUUUAAGGACUUUCUUCUGCUAAAAGUUACAUAUAUCUCAAGAUAGUUUUUUGUUUCGAAAUAACAAAACCCCAUUCAAAUAACAAUUUUUAAUUUCCCUUUCAAAUUCUAUGGUAUUUUUAUUUCAAUUCAGUUGGGAAUAAUUUAUUUUCGCUUCUCUGAAUUUGUGUUUCUUGAAUCGGACUCCCUCCAAAAAUUAAUAUUAAAAGCUCUUUUCAGUUUUGAUCCUUUAUUUUUGCCGUUAUUUAAUAAAUUUCUUCAGACCUUCAGACCUCGAAUUCGAUUUAGAAAUGCAGACGGAUACUUUUGUUGAAUUCAUUUUGCAGUUUUCUUAGCGAUGACCAGUUUCUAUUUUCCUGCCCCUUUCAACAGUCUGUUACAAGAUUUAUCUUCGUUUUUAUAAAAUUUGUGCAGCUCAGCUUUUAACAGUCUGACCUGUUAUUUUUGGCAACUAGUUUAAUUGGAUCAAAAUCUCAUUACAAGAAAGUCUGAAAGCUUAUUUGUUCAAACUUCGUUCAAACAUCAUCCAGCAUGAUGGUUGACAUUUUCUCCAUCAUAAAUGCCCUUUCGAGUGUCCUCCACGACAGCGAUGAGUCAUCAGCCUACUCUGUGCUGCCCCCCUCAGCCUCCUGCGACAUUUGUGCCAUUGGGUCCCCCUGGGCUGCCUGUGACUGCUCUUACACUGGUGCGAAUCAACUGUCAAGAAUAGAUUGUUCCAACCGGGACAUGUUCUUUGUACCUACUUGGCCCCAUGGCUGUUCCACUGAUGGUAUCAAGAUGAUAGACUUCUCACACAAUCUCAUCGCUAGAGUGGAGGCGGAGACAUUCGACACAUUCUCAUGUCCACACCAACACAAACGACAACAGCUCAUAUUGGACUUCUCACACAACCGAAUCCACUCAUUGGACCACAUAGCUCCGUUCGACUGUGUGGCGGAACUGGUGCUCUCUCACAACAGACUAACAACAUCCUCUUCACUGAGUAGAUGGAAGUGGUCCCAAUUCACACACCUGGUCAAUCUACAAUUGGCUUCAAACAGAGUGACUCAUCUCACGAGUGCAAUAUGUCAAGCGGCCAAUCUCAACCAAAUUCAGGUUCAAAACAACCCGCUAAAAAGUGCCAGUGAGUUAGGAUCCCUUAGAAACUGCAUAUCUCUGAUCAAAGUUCAAACUUCAUUCAAAUCUGUGCCCUGUAACUGCAAUAUUAUCGCGACCUCUAGCAACAAAUCUUUGCCUCUUCAACACAACUCGUACGCCUCUCAGAGUUACAAGUUAAGUUCAGAUUUGCGAAGGACGAAAUGUAAUUCUAAGAGUACAUUGCCCGUAGAAGUUGGAACUGCGGUUGAAAUGAUUUCACGCGACUUGAUAUCUUCAAACUGCAAAGCUAGUUCUUCAGCAAGUCUGCUCGAAGUUCAGCAUUCUGUUCAGAUUCUUUUCAGUGUCAUUUUCUGUACAUGGAUUUGCUUGUUCAUUUAGCUGC